AGAGUCAAACCUCACUGUAUACCCCGUCUUUCCCUGUCUCUUGUCUCUUUUUAGGUGGCUGUCAUUCUUUAUUGUUUCCCUUUCAUUCAUAGUUGUGUUGCUCUCAAGCUUGCUUUAUUUCUUCCACAUCUUGCUACAAUGGCGGAUCAGACACCUGAUUCUUGGGAGGAUGAACUCUCUAGACAGACUGAAGGUGUCAACUUGAACGCUAGUGCACAACAACCAUCACAGGCACCUUCAUUCCAUCCUGGAGCAGCCUCUUUCUCCCCUGGGGCUGCUUCCUUUACACCUGGAGCAACUGCCUUUGUACCUGGGCAACCUUACCAGUACGGAGGCUUCCCUCAGUAUGGACAAUAUCAACAGGGCUACGGUGGCUACCCGGCUUAUGACCAGCAAGCAUUUGGUCAGUAUGGUCAAUAUGGAGGGGCAUACACCCAAAAUCCUGGUGGCUAUAACCAGGGAUAUAACGCGCAGUACGGCGGUUACCGAAACAACAACAACAACAACAACAACAACAAAUUCCAACAGGCUCACCAGCAACCUCGUCAAGCUGCCCCAGCGCCCGCGCAACAACCGAAGACUCCUGCAGCGCCAGAGACCACUGAAACAACAUCGAAGCCUGCGCCUCCUUCCACUGCCGCUCCCCCAAAGGCUAAAGUGCUUUCCAUCGGCGCAUCGAGCUCUACCUUAGCGCCCAAGACCAAAGUUCUCUCUAUCGGUACUCCUACCCCUGCAUCGAACACUCCUGGUGAUACCAAGGGAUCCGCUGCUGCCGAAGCAGGCGCUAAAGUGACGGCUGCCAAGGCUAUUGAGAAGACAGAGAAAAAGGCGGAGCAAAAAGAAGCUGCUAGCGGCAGGGCUUCUCCUUCUGUUGCCUCUGGUCGUUCCAGCCCUGAUCGAUCAAGCCCAGCUCGUGGCGAGGCUGCCAAGGCUUCCCGUGAUGCUGAUAUAGUUGCGAAGGAGCAACAAGCGGAUGUUGAUGAAGAGACCUUGAAAGAAAUCUAUGGAGAGAAGAGAGAGCAUGUCAAUGUCGUCUUCAUCGGACACGUCGAUGCUGGAAAGUCGACUCUUGGCGGUUCGAUUCUGUAUGCCACUGGUAUGGUGGAUGAGAGAACGUUGGAUAAAUAUAGGAGGGAUGCCAAAGAAGCUGGCAGAGAGACCUGGUAUCUUUCUUGGGCCCUGGAUUUGACCAAUGAAGAGCGAGCCAAGGGCAAAACUGUCGAGGUUGGACGGGCCUUUUUCAAAGUAGAGAUCCCGACACCGGAUGGUCCAGUUAUGAGAGAGUUCUCUAUCCUAGAUGCUCCUGGCCACAAGUCAUAUGUGCCUAAUAUGAUCGGUGGCGCUUCUCAGGCCGAUUUGGGAGUACUGGUUAUCUCCGCACGGAAAGGUGAGUAUGAAACUGGCUUUGAGAAGGGAGGACAAACUCGAGAGCACGCUCUUCUCGCGAGGAACACUGGUGUUCAAAAGCUGGUUGUUGUGGUCAACAAGAUGGACGAUCCUACUGUGGAGUGGAGCAAGGCUCGAUUUGAAGAAUGCACUGUUAAAGUUGCGAAGUUCCUUGAGGCACUGGGAUAUAAGAAGGGUGACAUUUUAUUCAUGCCUGUUUCUGCUCAACGUACCCUAGGUAUCAAGGACAGAAUCCCGAAGGACAUUUGCCCGUGGUACGAUGGACCCUCAUUGAUCGAAUAUCUCACCAACAUGAAACUGCCUGAGCGCAAGAUCAACGCUCCGUUCAUGAUGCCAAUCAGCGCCAAAUAUCGAGACAUGGGAACUAUGGUAGAGGGCCGUGUCGAAGCGGGUGUAAUCAAGAAGAACGGGUCUUAUACACUGAUGCCAAACCGCUCCCAAGUUCAAGUAGCGGCGCUUUAUGGCGAAACUGAAGAUGAGGUCCCGACUGCCACCUGCGGUGAUCAGGUUCGGAUUCGUCUUAGGGGCAUCGAAGAAGAGGAUAUUCUUCCCGGUUUUGUAUUGUGCUCCCCGAAACGUCUAGUCCACUGCGUGUCCUCCUUUGAGGCGAAGAUCAGGAUCUUGGAGCUGAAGAGUAUUAUGUCUGCCGGUUAUAACUGCGUCCUCCACGUGCAUUCUGCCAUCGAAGAGGUCACCAUUGGAGCCCUACUUCACAAACUCGAACCGGGUACCGGCAGAAAGAGUAAACGCCCGCCACCGUUCGCCAGCAAGGGUCAGACCAUUAUUGCUCGGAUUGAUGUCACUGGUUCUGCUGGAGCGGUGUGCGUGGAGCGAUUUGAGGAUUACAAUCAAAUGGGACGUUUCACACUGCGCGACCAGGGUCAAACCAUUGCCAUUGGUAUGAUUACCAAGCUGCUCACCGAGAGCAAUGUGUAAGGGAAUUCAGAGCAAGGGCCUUGGUAAAUAUGCAUACCAUGUGCAGUGUCAUCCUGCCCUGCAUCAUCCAUACUAGAGUCCAUAUUUGGCCGCCGAAGCAUCCAUGAACAAGGAGGGAUGGGUGGGCAGAGACCAAGCAUGGUCCUUUCUCAACUCAUCAUGGCUUUGAACCUUGAGUGUUCGCUUUGCCUUUACAUGUCUCGAAAUAGAUUUCAUGAAAUUUGCUAGUUCAUCCAGAGAAAAGUUGUUUGAAAUUUGGCUCACAUAUCAUAUGCGGUCAUAUCCACAGUAUUCUCGUGUUCUGUUCGGGCAAUCCAUCAUUUCGUAAUUCAAGAAAAAAGAAACAUUCAUGCAGUCGUCGUCUAUCCCCAAACAAAUCACCGUUUCCUUCUCCCAACCACCUUCGUAAAGCCAUCCUCAUCAAUCUCCGGCUCAACCCUCUCUCUUGGAGCAGCAACCAAUUCCGGAGCUUCGCCCAUCUCCACGUCGUCCUCAUUAUCUUCCUCAUCGCUUGUUUCCUGGUCCGCAUCAUUCCCCUCAACCUUUUUAAACAUAGCCGCCGUAUCGUCCUUCCCCUUAUUCUUCCUCUUCGUCUCCCAGUCAACCCACAUCUCAUUGAUCUCCCCGAACUCCCCACGCUUCACCUGCUCCCUCAUCCGCAUAAUCAUCAUUGCAACCCCCGCGGCACUCUCAUCGUCGAUGACGACAUCAAACUCAUCACUCAUAACCUGUAUCAGCACAUCCUCGAGAUCCUCCGCGUCCGUCUCGGGUCGAUCCUGAAGCAUAUCUGAGAUAGCACCACAGAGCCAGUCACGCUUGUCAGAGGAGGCUGGGCCGCCCCAGUUUGAGCUUACUGCCAGCGACAGAGCGGGCCAGGUAUGUAGGGCCAUGAUUAUGCCUAGGUCUAGGUGUUUCUGCUUUUCUUCCUCGGUUGGUUGUUGGGAGGGCUGUUGUGUAGGUGCGGGUGUUGUUGAAGCCAUUUUGUUUUCCUUUCUUCGGGUUAGGUUCUCUGAUAGUCUGGCCUGGCCGGACUGUAUUCGAGGUGGAUUUAAUUAUCGUGUCGUCCGAUUUUUGAUUUUGAAAUGGGGUAGGUCAAUUCGAAUGGAUUUGGAAUUGGUGGGCAGUUCCAAUUGAUUUGUUGGGUGUAUAUCCAGUGCGUCACGAUGAGGAGAGAGUAUUUAGGUAUCAGACAAUGUAU